AUGGAUUUCGCUGGCUUGGAUAUGAGCUCAACGUUGGGUCCUGUGUACUGGGGGACUGUUAUUUCCUUGGUCCUCGGAGGAAUAACUGUCCUUCAAGCCUACAUAUACUUCCCUCAUCCUUCAGACCGUCUAUUCAUCCAAUUAACGGCAGGAUCCAUGGUAGUCUUUGACUUUGUCUCUAGCGCUCUUGUCGUUCAAUCGGUGUAUUAUUACAUGAUUCCCCAUUUCGGCUCAGUAGUCCCUUUGGCCAGCAUCACACCGUUCGUCUGGGUGCGAAUACUCUACCCCACUUCGCCUACUAACCAUCCCAUCAGGGAGCUUUCUGCUGAAUGCCUGCUUUCAACAAUCAUCACAUUCAUCUCGCAGUUAUACUUCGUUGCGCAAAUCUAUGCCGUCACCAAGACCGGUCGGGGAAGUCGGGUAAUUCCUAUCGCCGUUGCGUUAUUUUCGAUUCUUGCGUUCGUGUUUGGCGUUGCGUGCACCAGUGUCAUGUUCCUUUUCCACCACAAUGUACUGGAUCACCGACAAGAACAUUUCGAGCGAUUUUUCGGCUUGGCCAAAGGCUUCGGUGCUCUCACAGACAUCAUUGCUACAAUUGCUAUGUGCAAGUUGCUGUCGAAUUCCCGGACCGGCAUCAAUUCCACUCGUAACCUUCUUAAAUCACUGGUUCGAUUCGUUGUGCAUCGAGGCGUUCUUGUGACUCUCAUCCAGACACUCCUUCUCAUAACAUUCUAUGCCAUGCCCUCUAACCUCGCCUGGUUGGCCUUCCAUGUGAACGUCACGAAGCUGUACGCGAAUACUUUCUUUGCCAUGUUGAACGCACGAGAACGACUCAAGGAGCGAUACACACCGACCACGACAAGCAUCACCAACUUCUCCCAAGGUCGUCUGUCAACAAAGCAGGCAAUCGCUAGCAACAAACAGGUGGAUGUGGAGUUCCAGGAUACUUGUGAUAAUGGGGGAUCGUUCCCGAUGCACACUAUGCCAACGGUCACCAAAACCGUCCUCAUAUCUGACCUUUGA